AUGUCAGCCCAAGCACCACAGGUCUUGUCUAGACGAGCAAAUGGGGGCUCCCAAACAUCAGCAAAUCAGAAUUCCGAAUCAACAAAGCCUGCGAAUGAAAGCGAGACUCCCAAACCCACCAAAACUAAGGCUCAUAAUGAGGGCGAGAAACUCACGAUACGCCGUUUGCCUCCUGGAAUGACCGAGGCAGAAUUUGCAUCCAUACUUGGAAGUGAAUGGGAAGUGGGCAAAGGCAAGGUUGAUUGGUUUUGUUUUGCGGAAGGAAAGAUCUCCACAGACCCCUCGAAACCUUCUCGGCCAGGUCGCGCUUACGUUCAUGUGAUGAGAAAGGAUGAUAUCCUACCAUUGAGCGAAGCAGUACGGAAUGCCGUCUGGGAAGAUGCAAAAGCGUCAUUCAACAGCCCGUCUCUGAUCGGCCCCCCCGGACUUGAUAUUGCCAUUUAUAAAAAGGUCCCGAGCGCUAAAAAACGGACUGAUGCACGUCAAGGGACCAUCGACCAAGAUCCCGAUUUCAUGGCUUUCCUGGAAGAGCUUGCAAACCCAACACCACCAAAGGAAACAGUCGAAGGGGAAGAGGGUGAUGAUUUUGGAAAAUCAGAGAAUAAAGUCACGACAACACCACUUAUCGAAUACCUCAAGGAGAAAAAGGCAAAGAACGUGAAGGAUGGCACGUCUUCCAAAAACUCAAAGCAUGGGCAAGGAGACUCGAGAAGUGGAAAGGGCAAGAAUGCAUCCAAGGAGGACGAUUCUGGAAGGAAGAGAGGCAAAGAUACCAAACCCGACAAGGCAGACAGGGCGCCCAAGGAGACUGUCAAGAUUCUCACCAAAAAGGCAGCUUCCGAACAGAAUGCGGAUGGUUCGAAAGCCAACGCCAAAAGCCAGGCCAACGACGCCAACGCUCAGGAGGCAGCGCCCAAGAGCCGACGCGCGGGAAUUUUGGCUGCCGCAAGGAUCCUACAACGAGACCUUGGCCUUAGUCCUGGAAGUGCGCACAGGAAAGCACGCCAAGACGCUGCCAAAGCAGAUGCGGAUACGAAGACGACACCAGAAAAGGAAAACCAAGCCCUUACAGAUUCUAAAGCUAGCAAUCCUGAACCCCCAGCUUCGCCGAUCAAAUCCAACGAGACUGAGACGCCAGCUGCAAAGGGCAGAGGCGCCGCUGGGAACUCCAGCAAACAGCAGCAACCGAAUCGUAGAACGCGUGGCGGUAAGAACGCAGAUAAGAACAAGGAAAGGGAUAAUGAGAAGGACAACACCAGAGAGAAGGAUAAGAAUAAAGGAGGGCCUUCAGGACAAACCCAAGCUGCACCCAGUCCGCCGAUUGUUCUUCUCAAGAAGAAAGGCAACGAAGCCGAAUCUAGUCAGCCAGCGAAACCAGCAACCAGCACACCUCAGCCACCGGCCACACAGGGGGGUAGAUCGAAGACCGAAAAUUCAGCCGGUAGCUUCAAAGGUGCUUCUAACAAGGGAGCCAGCGCCCAGAAGAAACCCCCUACUGUUUCUCCUGAUGCUACCCGUGGCUUUGUCAAGCACGCCAAUCCUUCUCAGGGAGUUACCGAGGCACUACUCAAGCAGACACUUUCAACAUUCGGAACCAUCACAUUCGUUGAGAUUGACAAGCGCAAAGGGUUCGCCUAUGUUGACUUUGCCGAGCACGACGGUCUCGUAAAGGCCGUUACGGCAAGCCCCAUUAUCGUUGCACAAGGCACUGUUCAGGUUCUGGAACGUAAGGAUAAAAAGCCUACCAAUGCGAACUCGCCUGCGCCUGCGACCACGCCAGCUGCUGCAUCUCCUGCACCAGAGAAGACAUCUGGCAGAGGUAGACGUGGCCGAGGUGGAGGCAGCAAGGUAAAGGACUCCGGCGGUAAUAACCAGGGCGCUACUGCUGCCACCGCCACCAACUCCAACCCAACAAACGGCGGCUGA